UUUCCCUAAAUGCAUUGCGCGGGAGCUACGGCAAACCAGAGCGGGAAACACAAAUCUUUGACACGCGUUCCUUGCUACAACGUUGAACUCUAAACUCUAACGUGAGCUAAUAAAGUUACUCAGAACUGGUAUUCCUCCUAAUAAAACAAUCAGUUUUUAAGUUUAGUCGGAGGCGACAGGAGCGCAUUUUAAACAUUCCGCUUUCACACGGAAAAGUUCGCUAAAGUUAGCCGGGAAGCUAAAAACAACUUGCGCUAACCUUAACUGGCAAAUGAUGCGGGCUGCUUUCUCCUAACGUCUCAGAAGUGAGUGAUGAGGAGCGAUGGUGGCCUUACUGGUGGGAAUGUGUCCUGGACUGGAUGAAGGUUUGCUGCGGAGUCUGCGGGCAGCUGAUAUUAGAACAGUGGAGGACCUUGUCUCUUCUGACAUAGAGGAUCUCGCACAGAAAUGCUCCGUCUCCUAUAAGGCUCUGUUCGCCGUCCGCCGGGUGCUGCUGGCCCAACACACGGCCUUCCCAGUGUCGGGCGCCGAUCUAUACGAGGAGCUAUUGAGCUCCACCGCCAUCCUCUCCACUGGAAAUCCCAGCUUAGAUAAACUGCUGGACUCAGGCUUGUAUACGGGCGAGAUAACGGAGCUGACAGGAGGUCCAGGAAGCGGCAAAUCUCAGGUGUGUUUUGGCGUGGCGGUGCACAUCGCGUACCACCUGAAGCAGAGCGUGAUCUACAUCGACACAACAGGCGGGCUCACCGCCGGCCGCCUGCUGCAGAUGCUGCAAACCGAAACCAACAACAGAGACGAGCAGAUGGAAGCUCUUCAGAGGAUCCACACCUUCCGCCUGUUUGACGUCUGCGCUCUGCUCGACUGUCUGUACGGGCUCAGCGGCGGCGGCGGCGGCGGCCUUCACAUGGCGUGUGUCGGCGGCGGCUCUGUCAAGGCGCUGAUCGUGGACUCGGUGUCGGCUGUUAUCGCUCCUCUGCUGGGAGGCAAACAGAACGAAGGCAUGUCCUUGAUGAGACAAGUGGCUGCAGCUCUGAAGACGAUGGCGAAGGACUUCAGUGUUGCUGUUCUGGUGACCAAUCACGUAACGAGAAGCGGCAGCGGGGAAGCGCAGCCGGGCCUCGGCGUGUCAUGGAGCCACGUCCCCACAACCAGAAUCCUGCUGGAACGAGUUGAGAGCGGCGCGUCGGGUCGGCGCUCGGCAACGCUCAUCAAGUCUUCCAGACAGGCUUGUCUCAUCAAGGAGGAUUUUGACCUGCAGUGGUGGAGUCGAGCUGAAGGAGGAAGAGGAGGAGGAGGAGGAGGAGAGACGUCAGGAAAGAGGAAGCUGGAUGAGACCGACCCCUGACCGGAGGAACGCUGCAGCAACGACCAAAAGGGAGGAACGACGCGCCGCUUUCGGAUGCAUUCCCAGAUCCAGCUGGGAGAGACCCUCUGGGCCCGGCUGCCCCCCUCCGGGUCGCCCAGCGUGUGUGUAGCCGAGGCGGAGUCGUAAUCCGGCACCAGGUCCCC